AUGUUUUUUCACUUCCGUUUCUGCUUCUGGUUCCGCAAAUUUUAUAACAGAACUCUGAACGGAAGCGGGGAGAAAGUCCAGCCUUCUACUUCCAAAUCAUCAGCAUCAUUGCAAAUAUUGGAAUCGAUGUUAAGUGUAAAUGAAGACCAGGAGGAGGACUCUUCUACAGCUGACGAUGGUGACAAUUUACUUUUAAAGAUACAGUCACACCUUCGGGAGUACAAGAAAGAAAAAAGGCUACCUCUUCAUGAGGAUCCCCUUAUGUGGUGGAAUGGAAAUGCGCACAAAUAUAAUAAUAUUUUGCCAAUAGUUCGCCAAUACUUAUCAGCUCCCCCCAGCAGUGUAGCCAGCGAGCAAUUAUUUAGCGGAGCUGGUUUAAUAUAUGAAGAACAUCGAAAUAGGCUGAAAGGUGAAAAAGCGGCCAAGUUACUCUUUAUUAAAUAUAACUUGCCGCUGUUUAAUUUUGACUAC